GGGACGUCGUCGUACGUUAUCUUUGCGAAAACGAGCGUGCAAAAGGUAUCAUUUCGCCGGAGCGCGAGAAACGCGCGCGCUUCUUCCGCCUGGUUCCGUCGUGCGAGGUUAAAGUCGUGCCGUCGCGAAGCUGAAUGAAUCCCAGCGAGCGGUGAUCGUCGGAUCGAAUAAUGCCGCGAUCGCGAGCCCGCUCGCACGCAACCAGUAUCUCGGCCAGCUGUAGCGCCAGCUGCGCGUCUCCACGUGGACGGCGCUAAGUUCAAACGACGAGCACGAAGGAACUCUCCGAAAGCAGCCGAGGACGAUCUGUUUCGGUGGCGAAGAAGCGAGGAAAAACGAGAAAAAGGAUCCUUCCUCGCGCAAAUCGCGAGGAGAAAAAAGGUCGUUAAAUUUUCCCGCGUUAAUUAACGUACGCGGUUGAUAUUCCACGUCGACGUCGAUCGACGAAAUUCAGAUCUCAGACUUGUGGAAGAUGAAUUCGAAAAUAAAGACGAUUGUGAAUCUGACCUUUGCUUUGCCCGACGGCGAAGCUGUUAUGUGAAACGAUAAGCGAUGAUAACCUGAAAGCCGUUUUACUCAUUUUAGUACGGUGAGUUGGCACAGUAAAUGCUUAUGGCAGAUAAGAUCGAAAGAAUCGAUAAAGCGAGCGUAUCACAGGCCGAUUGGCUGAGGCAAAUAGAAUCUGAGACAACAUGUUGUUCGUCGUGCACAAGUCGUCGCUCAGUUGCAUCUGCGGACUUUUCGUGAGAGGCACGUCGCGCACCGCCGCACUCAGAAUGGCGUCCAUCGCAUGCUACGAUCAGAAGGUCGUGCCCAAGGACGAGGCCGUCAGGUUCAUCGAGGACUGCAUGCGCAAGGCGGGCACGAAACCGGAGGACGCACACGUGGUAGCUCAUCAUCUGAUGACGGCGGAUUACAGGGGCCACUUCAGCCACGGGAUGAACAGGAUGCAUAUGUACGUGAACGAGAUCGAGAACAGGAUCAUCGAUUCUGCCGCUCGACCGCGGGUCGUCACCGAUUUUCAGGCGAUAGCUCUCGUGGACGGUGAGAACGCGCUGGGCCAGGUGAUCGGCAAGUAUUGCAUGGAAAUGGCGAUCGAGAAGGCGAAGAAAUUCGGCAUCGGCAUGGUGGCGGCUCGCGGCUCCAAUCACUACGGCAUUUGCGGCUACUACACCAUGAUGGCGAUGGAACAGGGUCUCAUCGGCUUCAGCUGCACCAAUACGAGCCCGCUGAUGGCGCCGACGCGCAGCGCGAAGGCCGCUUUGGGGACGAAUCCGUUGUCCCUGGGUAUGGCCGCGUGCGAAGGUGACGAAUUCGUCCUCGACAUGGCGACGACCGCGGUCGCGCUCGGUAAGAUCGAGAUGGCUAUUCGGAAGGACGAGGACAUCCCCGAGGGCUGGGCGCUCGACUCGCGGGGCAAAAUGACGCGAAAUGCCCAGGAGGCCUUCGACGCCGCGCUGAUGAUGCCUGUCGGCGGUGCCGAGCAGACUUCCGGCUACAAGGGUUACGGCCUGGGCCUGAUGGUCGAGAUACUCUGCGGGGUGCUUACCGGGAGUCAGUUCGGGCCGAAUAUCCGCAGCUGGAAGAGCAGCGACCGCACCGCCGAUCUCGGCCACUGUUUCAUGGCGAUUAAUCCGGAAGCGUUCGCCCAGGGCUCCAAGGAGAGACUGUCGACCUUGCUCGGACAACUGAGGAGUUUGCCGACCGUCGGCGAGGAGCCUGUCCUGGUCGCCGGGGACCCCGAGAGGCAACACAUGGAGAAGGUCGACAGGGAAGGCGGCAUCGCGUAUCACCCGAAUCAGCUGAAAGCCUCGGAAGAGUUCGCCAAGAUCAUGGGCGUGCAGCCGAUGAAACUCGUUUCUAAGUCCGCUUGAGUCUCCACAGGUGCGAGUGGACAGGUAAAGGAACAGAAAUAAUUCCGGGAGAAUUAAUUCUUCACCUUUCCGGUGGCGCGCGUCGAUAGCUUCACUCAUAACUUGUAUAUUAAAGCAGUUCUAUUCGAUACGAGUACAGCAACUUGUUUAUGUUA